CCGUCAUUCCGACUUCUACAUCAACCGGCCAUUUGUGCCUCCGCCGCUCUUGGGCUCUGCUGUCCCCAGUCUCACGCCUCACUCUCUCUUCUAUUUGCACUGCAUACAGCGCAAGCAACAAGCAGCUCCAUUCUGCUUCUCUCUCUCUCUGUGUUGCCAGCUAAAGACGCAGUCCAAGCGUAACCACUGCCGCCGAUAAUGCCGCUGACGUUGACCAGGAAGCAGAGGAAGAAGUUCGUUGUGCGUAUCGUUCUCUUCAAGUGUGAGGACUUGGCGGCUGCAGAUCUGGACAUGGUAGGCGGCAAAAGUGACCCGUACGUGGUAUUCACGCUGGACGGCGUGACAAGAAAGAGUUCGUGCAUCAUGAACGACCUCAAUCCACAAUGGUCGCCUCCCGAGAAGUUCGAGUUUGAGGUGGACGAGUGGGAGAAUCAGUUCCUAAUCGCCCACGUGUAUGACUACGACCGGCUUAGUAAGGACGACCUUAUCGGCUCUGCAGUGAUCCCUCUCGCGCUCUACGCUGGGGACCGGCACUGCGAAAUGUACAGCUACCCGCUUGUAUUGCCCGAGGAGGUGGGCGGCUUGGGUGCCCCCAAGAGCGACUUGUACCUGCAAAUCAGUCUGACGACUUGUGACGGCAAUCCCGUUGAAUAUUACUAUUAGAACCGGC